ACGGAGACUGGCCGGCGCGCUUGGACCAUGAUAGUCACAUGACUAUCGUCAUAACGCCCGUGCAAUCGCACUACUUUCUAAUUGCCAAUGUAAGAGAAAAAGAGAUGAGUGAAUGCAAUAUCGUCGCCAUCUGGGAUCUGGCCUCGUCGCAACACAAGACGAUGCUCGCGAUUCUGUCGCAUCGGCAUGCAACUGCAGCGCUCUGGCUGGCUCGUGAAAGGCGGUGACGUAUUUAGCGAUGACGAGCCCACUUCCUCCAUCCCACAAUCUCCAGGCUCCACGUUCCUGCUCCUCCCAACCUACUGAACACAUUGCAGCCCCUCUGCUUCUUCCACCAUAAUCCAUUGCAUCUCAACCCUUUGCAACCCACCACACUCGACCCCCAAACAGCCCUCAACAUGUCUGUCCAGGAUAGAGCCCAGGCCCAGCUGUCGCAGCUCGACAAGGAGCUGUCCAAGUACCCCGCACUCAACAACUUUGAGAAGCAAACGUCGGUUCCCAAGGUCUACAUGGUCCUCGGUCUAGCCGGCCUUUACUUCUUCCUCAUCUUCUUCAACAUUGCUGGAGAAUUCCUCGUCAACAUUGCCGGAUUCAUCAUUCCCGGUUACUACUCGCUCGAGGCUCUAUUCAGCGCAAGCAAGGUUGAUGACACUCAGUGGUUGACCUACUGGGUGACCUUUGCGUUCCUGACCGUUUUCGAGAGCGCUGUAAGCGCUGUUUACUGGUUCCCCUUCUACUACACCUUCAAGUUUGUCCUGAUCCUCUGGAUGGCCCUCCCCCAGACUUCUGGUGCUCAGAUGGUCUUCCGCUCUUUCCUCCAGCCCGUCUUCUCUCGCUACUUCUCCGCAUCAGGCUCCACCGCCGCCGACCUUCGCGCCAAGGCCGACUCAGCUGGCAAGCCUCAUGCCUCGUAGAGCAGUUGCGAGCUUAACACCUCUUUGACAGCCGCACGACGACAUCAUAAUAACAAAAACGAAGUUCGGAAUACGCCCUCUGCUGUGCGGGAGACGGAAAGACCGGGCUUUUCAAAGCGUGCGGCUGUUGCGGCUUGGAAACGCUGCAUGGACGAAGGCUUACGAGUAACGGAUCAU